AUGGCGGCGGCUUUGAGUUGUGUUUUCAAGGCAGCGAUAAAUGAUUUUCUUCACGGGCAAAUAUAUCCGUCACAAAGGACUUUAYAUCUUAUUCAGAAGCUAAAAGGCUUCCACUAUAGGCAGUACAAGAAAGCUGCAGGUCAAAUCAUACCAAAUGCUGCUAGAAUAACUUCUACAGACUUGACAUUGCAAGAUUUUAUGCUUUCUGGACGACCUUCUGGACAGAAUGGAAAAAUAGGAAGCGGAGAGAAGAUUCCUUAUUUGAGGGAAGAAGAAUUUCGUGGAUAUGGAAGGAAAGUUUAUUUUGAGACAUAUGGCUGUCAGAUGAAUGUGAAUGAUACAGAGAUUGCUUUGGCAUUUUUACUUGAAAAAGGAUUUAGAAAAGCAACAGACAUUAGCCAGGCAGAUGUGAUUUUACUAAUGACUUGUUCUAUCAGAGAAAAUGCAGAAAACAAAAUAUGGAAUAGAUUAAAGCACCUCAAACACACGAAACUCAAAAGACAAAAACACCUUCCUCAACUAAAGAUUGGAAUUUUAGGAUGUAUGGCUGAGAGAUUAAAGACAAGGCUCUUAGAUGAAGAUAAACUAGUUGACAUCGUUGCUGGCCCAGAUUCUUACAGGGACUUACCAAGAUUGCUGGCUGAAGCACAAACUGGACAAGCUGCAGUCAAUGUAAUGCUUUCUCUUGAUGAGACAUAUGCCGAUGUAACUCCAGUUAGACUGAACAAGGACUCUCAUUCAGCCUUUGUAUCCAUAAUGCGUGGCUGCAACAACAUGUGCACAUACUGCAUUGUGCCAUUCACACGUGGUAGAGAGAGAAGUAGACCUAUUGCUUCUAUUGUCGAUGAAGUAAAACACUUGAUAGAUCAGGGAGUAAAAGAGGUGACUUUACUAGGGCAGAAUGUAAACAGCUACAGAGAUGCCUCAGGUGAUUACAGCAGUGACACUAGUGCAUAUCAAAGAAGCAAGGGUUUUACAACUAUAUAUAAGAACGUGAAAAGUGGCACAACAUUCACAGACCUUGUUGAUAGAGUUUCACAAAUUUCCCCUGAGCUUCGAAUAAGAUUCACUUCUCCUCAUCCCAAGGAUUUCCCUGACAAGCUCCUAGAGUUGAUCAAAGAACGUCCCAAUGUGUGCAAUCAAAUCCAUCUUCCUGCUCAGAGUGGCAGCACAGAGGUCUUGGAGUCUAUGAGAAGGGGGUACACUCGAGAGGCCUAUCUAGAGCUAGUUGAUAACAUCAGAAACACAAUACCUGGUGUGUCUUUAUCCAGCGAUUUCAUAGCAGGAUUUUGUGGUGAAACUGAAUCUCAACACCAAGAAAGUUUGUCCUUACUGAGAACUGUGAGAUACGAUAUGGCAUAUCUUUUUGCCUAUAGCAUGAGAGAGAAAACACGUGCGUAUCAUCGGCUUCAAGACAACGUACCUCAAGAAGUGAAGUCUCGAAGACUACAAGAAUUGAUUGACACAUUUUACUCAAUAGCCAAGGAGCAGAAUAUUAGACACAUUGGUACUAGACAGCUAGUCCUUGUUGAAGGGACAAGUAAGAAAAGUCAACAACACUUUGUUGGACGUAAUGAUGGCAACACAAAAGUUAUUUUCCCUGUUACCAUGGUUACAUGCGAGGAAACACUUGCACCAGAGGUUGAAAUAAAACCUGGAGAUUACAUAGAAGUUGAGGUCUUAACAGCAUCAGCACUAACUCUUCAAGCAAAACCAGUUUGUAGAACUACACUCCAACGAUUCAACCAGAAAUUAAAACAGCCAAAAUAAAAUUUAUAAUUCCUUAA